ACAGUCAGUGCAAACUUUUAACGAGCCCAGAACAGAGUAGUGAGCCACACAGAUCCGAUAAGAAUAUUACCAAAAUGCUGGCCUGCAAGCUUCUUCUCUGUCUGGUGAUGGGAAUGCACUGCAUUCAAGUGCUAAUGGCGGCCUGCGUGUGCUCCGAGAAGGGAACGGACUACUGCCAGAGCUGCCAGGGAUCCACGGUGAUCCGGCCGAAGCCCCGAUACUACGAGCCCACUGACGUGAACCUCCCGCCGAUCGGAGACAACUGCUGGUGCAGCAAGCAGCUGAUCGAGCCGGCCCAGCUACCCAAGACCUGCGGCAAAACCACGCCGUGUAAGCCCACCUGUUCGUGCCAGCAGGGCUACUCCUCCGACAGCAGCUACGCCUCCUCGUCCAGCUCCGGAUCCGUCUACGGAAAAAUCGACUAUGCGCCGGAGAAGAAGGUGGACAAUAGUCCGGCUGCAGAUCCCAUUAGCGUGAGUCUGGCCGCCCAGGCUGGAAAGGCCAUCAAUGUGCCCGAGUACAAGUUGGCCUACGGAUUCGCCCAGAAGCCCGUCGAUGGCGAGAAGAAGGUGGUCUUCUCCAAUGUGCCCGAGGAGAAUCUCUUCAAGCUGAAGAGCGACGUGAUCACACUGAAGAAGCCCACCUAUGUGGCCAAGCAGCAGGAGGACGAGGAGGAGGAGUAUGCCGAGGAGGAGCAGGAGCAGUCCUCCGACGACGAGGAGGCCCCCCAGCUCACCUACAAGCAGCUGGGCUACGUCACCGAGCAGUACAAGAACCCCAAGUUCAAGAGGAUCAGCAGUUACAGCUCCAGUUAUGCCUACAAGGACUCCAAGGACUAUAGCGAUGGCUAUGGCAAGGUGGCCGGCAAGGUGUCCGUGGACUGCGGCUUCAAGCCCGGCAGGAUCACCUCCUACCGGAAGGCCAAACGCGAGGACUCCGCAGAGGGCUCCUACUAAACCCAUCCCAUCCAAUGCCAAUCCUUCCUUUUGUAAAUAUGUACAUACGCUAGGGAAUGAUUGGAUGUCUGUCUAAGUUAGUUUUAAAAAUAAAAAGUACAUAAGCAA